AUGUUACUAUCAACCACAAGUCGUCUACUGGCAAGAGGAAAAGCGUUGCUAGCAAAUCGAUUGAAAGGGAGCUGCGUAAACAUGACGCGUAACUCUACUACUGGGAAGAGACUGCGGGUGCUGGUUGACAUGGACGGCGUCCUGGCUGACUUUGAGGGGGGGUUCUUGAAGAAAUACCGGGCCAGGUACCCUGACGAACCGUACAUCACUUUGGAGGACAGGAGGGGCUUCUGGGUGUCCAUGCAGUACGGGCGACUUCGGAGUGAUCUCUCUGAGAAAGCCAUAAGCAUCUGGGAGUCCAAGAAUUUCUUCAGAGACCUGGAGCCCCUUCCUGGUGGGAUAGAAGCAGUCAAGCAAAUGGCCGAUAUGGACAACACAGAUGUCUUUAUUUGCACCAGUCCAAUCAAGCAAUUCAAGCACUGCCCUUAUGAAAAGUACGCAUGGGUAGAAAAGCAUUUGGGUCACGACUUUCUGGAGCAGGUCAUCCUAACCAGAGACAAGACGGUGGUCAGCGGGGACAUCCUUAUAGAUGACAAGCCUGACAUUUUAGGUGCAGAAGCCAAACCAACGUGGGAGCACAUCUUGUUCACCGCUUGCCACAACAAGCACCUUCCCGCCAACCCCUCGCAGAGACGCUUGCUGUCCUGGUCUGACGACUGGAGGGCCAUCUUGGACAGCAAGAGGCAGUGA